AUGAAACACACGAUAUAUUUAGAAUUUGUCUGUGGCUCUUAUGAUGAUGAAAAACGUGUAAGAUUUAUUACCAAGGGAAUCUUAAGUCCUCAUUUCAAAAUGCUCAAACUCCCUCACCAUCCUUUUGUCGACGAAACAAUGUCACCUGUCGAGCACCAUUACACGAGUAUUUGUGAGGAUGUCAUUCUCUCAAAAGAAGUGAUUGAGCGUGCAACAUUUGAAAAUGCAAUAACUCCAUCAAUCUCCAAUAAGAAAAGAGUCGAGUCGAAACCGUUUAAAUGCGAUGAUAAGACGGAGCAGCGGUUCCCAAAAAUUCGUGUCAAUUUAACUGUUUUUCAAAAAUUGAAACAACUUCAAAAAGAACAGAAAUGCAAAUCUUUUUGUGAAGUCGUUGAAAAAUUGCUCGAGUCAUACGAAGACGUGAACAACUUAUCUGUAGUUAAAAGUGAGUAA